UGGAACAAAUGAUUCUGACAUUAAUAAUCUUGUUCGGAGACAACCUCAUCAACCUAAAAAGGUAGAAGUUAAUGCAGGGAAUAGGACGUGGAUUUUUAAACGUAAUAAUCAGCAAAUUCCUGUUUAUGAAUAUAAUGCUAACCAAUGUACAUUGGGUUUUGCAGUAAAGAAAGUUCUUGGAUACCAACCAUUUAACCAUGGAUUUUUAAUCUUGGGUAGUUCAAGAGAAGAAGCAGUUCGUUUAGGGGAUGUUAGAAACUUAAAAUAUGACCCCGCUAAUGGUCUAAAUUAUGCUAUUUUAAGAUUACUUCCUAAUAAUGAGCAAUAUACUUUAUGA